AUGGGCGUAGUUAGCGAGGGAAAAGGCUAUAGUGGUUUUGUCCGAUGCAUGUGCUGGUGUUGCUGUCUCCUCUUACUUGUAAUCAUCAUCUCCGGUGGCUUUGCGUAUUACAUCUACUCCGCUGAGGACCCUAAGCCACCGGUAUAUGACAUCCAGUCAUUCACUGUCAACACCCUCGACCUUGAAGACGAUUCAACUCUCAAAACGGAGUUUGUGGUUAUCUUUAAGAUCGAAAAUCCGAAUGAAAAAAUCGGAUUCGUAUAUGGGAAAAAGAACAACAUAUCUUUACUUUUUGAUGAUGAGAUCAUAUCAUGUGGACAGCUGCCUGCUUACAAGCAAGGUCCUGCCAACACGACAGUACUAGAAGUCACGUUGGCAGGAACAAGCCCAGAUGAAUCAAGCACCUAUCAAGAUAUUGUGCAAAAUGGUAAAGAAAAAGGAGUAGGGAUGGAAUUUGUAGUGAAAAUGUCGGUGCCGAUGAAAUUUUAUGUGGGUAAUGUGGGUGAUGUUGCUCGCAAGGAAGUUAUUGCAUCGAUUUCGUGUGGUUUGGUUAUGAAAAAUUUGGUGAGUGGUAAGACCGCAACGAUUUUGGAAAAGGAGUGCGAAGAGCUCGUUAAAUUUUAG